CUUAUGCGCAUUUACGUACAGGUUUACCUUGAAACAGGUCGAAGAAUCAAGUUCAUGACAAACAUCUUAUAGAGACUGUGUUACAUGAUUCAAGGUCACAAGUGUACGAUGUCUUCCGUGAAGGAUGAUGCGGUAGUUGUAAACUCACAACUGAGACACUCCGUAUCCACUCUUUGGUUCUUUCUCACCUUCGAAUUCUUAAUUAGCACCUUUUUAAGUAUUUUCCUGGCCAUUCUCACGUUCAUAAAAUCUUUAUUGCCGAAACCACCCAGGGAUUUAACAGGAGACAUAAUUUUGAUUGCCGGCGUUUCUUCCUCAUUGGGCGAGUCUUUGGCGAGUGAAUUUUUAAAGAACGGAUGUUCCGUGAUCUGCGUGGACAAAGAUUCGAAAACGAUCGAGGAAACGGUAACCAGAUUGAAGCAACGACAUUUGAUCGUCGAGCCGAGGCAGAGGAGGUCGAACGACGACUCGUUAUCGCGAUCCGGAUCGAUGAUAUUCACUUACGAGUGUGAUUUCUUGGAUAAAGAUGCGAUCAGAGGGACGGUUCAAAAAGUGAAGAAAGACAUCGGAAGGAUCGACGUUCUUAUUACUUGCAUCAACGAAACGAACGAGAACAUCUUCGACGCGAGCAACAGGACGUUAAUGGCCCAUUUCUGGACAGUUUUGACGUUUCUUCCAAUGAUGUUGUAUCAGAAACGAGGGCAUAUAAUCGGUGUUACUCCAAUAGCAUUGAACAGCGACGCUUAUCAUAGCUCGAGAGCGGCUAUAAUGUAUUUCAUAGAAAGUAUGCGUCAAGAAUUGAGCGAGCACAGCAGCUACUUGACAUUUUUGGCAUAUUCUCCAAUUGCAAAAUCCAGCUCAUUGAAGCAAAAUGAAGAAGAAGUAAGCAAGAACAUAGUGAGAGCUGUGAAGACUGAUCAGUAUAACGUGAGCUGGACGUUCAAAUUGUUGUAUCAAAUAGGUUGCAUAAUCUACAAUGGAAUAACGUUGCUCACAAACUGGAUCGAUUUUAACAGAUGCGAUUAUCCCACGUGAAAAACGAGCUUUUCCUCAUCCUCUCUCUGGUAGAAUCAAAGAUGAACAGAAGAAGAAGAUGGUCUAUGAACGACGAUAUAAUACACAGCCUAAAAAAAAUUCGCUUAAAAAUUUGUUUCACUUGGAUGAAAAAGUAGCUGAAAAAGUAUUGCAUUCCGUGCGAAACAAAAUUUUAUUCCAACUGUUCAUAUGUUCUUAUUUUAAAUAUAAUUUAAAAGUCGACACAAGUUUAAGAUAAAUACUUUCAAAAAAAAGGACGAAAAGUUUAAAGAGUCAUCAUUAACAUAAUUACAAGAUAUGCAAAUCUCGAUACGAAAAUAUAUAUAAAUUGUAUCUAUUAAAAAAAAAAAAAA